CAAGAAGAAGAAGAACAACAACAACAUAGCGAGCCAGGCAGGCAGCCAUGCCCUCCCCACACCCCUUGCCUUUCACAUGACCCAAAUUCCACAUUGAAAACGACCCUUUUACCUUUGGCCCAAUCACAAUUCUUCCUCAAAAACCUCCCUUUAUUCUCUCUCCUCUGCCUCUCCACCACCCAACACAAACCACCCCACAAUUAAAACCCAGAAAACCCAUCUUCUUCCUCUCUCUCUCUCUCUCUCUCUCUCUCUCUCUCUAACUAAAUCAAAAUCAAAAUCAAAAUCCCACCAUUAUUUCCCUACAAAUUUCGAAUUCUUGAUGUGGGUUUUGAUAAUCGAAUAGUAGUUCUUCGAUAAUUUCAGGAAUUGGGUUUUUCCCCCCGAGAAAUGUUUGAUGCUCAAAGCUUUGAUGAACUUUCUCUCUCUAUGUUGGAAGCCUUUCGGCGUUGACAUCGUCGGCGGAAGCAGCGGAGGAGAUAACGAUGGUGGCGGUGGUAGAGACGGCAGAGAUGGGUUGCUUUGGUACCGUGAUUUGGGAAAGUGUGCUACUGGAGAGUUUUCUAUGGCGGUUGUUCAGGCUAAUCAGGUGCUUGAAGAUCAGAGUCAAAUCGAGUGUGGGCCCUUUGGCACCUUUGUCGGUGUUUAUGACGGUCAUGGUGGGCCCGAGGCCGCUCGGUUUGUCUGCGAUCACCUGUUUCGCCACCUUCAAGCAAAAUCAGCUGAGACUGAUGGUGUAGUCACAGCAGAGACAAUAAAAAGAGCUUUUCGUGCAACAGAGGAUGGUUUUCUUGAUGUGGUUUCGGAGUUGUGGAGCACAAAACCACAAAUAGCCACUGUGGGGUCAUGUUGUCUUGUUGGUGUGAUAUCACAACACACUCUUUUUGUGGCAAAUCUUGGAGAUUCCCGUGCUGUUCUUGGGAGGAAAAAUGCUAGAACUGGAGGUGUUGAUGCUGUUCAAUUAACAAGUGAGCAUAAUGCUAAUGAAGAGGCAGUAAGAAGAGAGCUAAGAGACUUACAUCCAGAUGAUCCCCAGAUUGUCAUGUUAAAGCAUGGAGUUUGGAGAGUGAAAGGAAUUAUUCAGGUUUCUAGAUCUAUAGGGGAUGUUUAUAUGAAACAUGCUCAAUAUAACAGGGAACCUAUUAAUGCAAAAUUCAGGCUUUCAGAACCAAUACACAUGCCUAUCUUGACUGCAAUUCCAUCUAUUGUUUCACAUCAUCUACAGCCGAAUGAUUCUUUCCUUAUUUUCGCUUCUGAUGGUUUAUGGGAACACAUGUCUAAUGAAACUGCUGUUGAUAUUGUGCACAGCCAUCCCCAUGCUGGAAGUGCUAAACGGCUUGUCAAAGCCGCACUACAUGAAGCUGCUAGAAAAAGAGAAAUGCGGUUUUCUGAUCUCCAGAAAAUCGACAAGAAAGUUAGACGUCAUUUCCAUGAUGACAUUUCUGUCAUUGUGUUGUUCUUUAACCAUGAUCUUAUCCGCAGAGGUGUGGUACAGGACCCUCCAUUUUCUAUCCGAAGUGCUUUAGAACACUAGUUGCUUGUGACAAUUUACAUGGCUGUUAACCGAAGACAAGUUUCAUGAUUUUUGUGCCAAGCAUUCAAAUGCGAGACACACCAUGUCACUGAGGCAGCGCCUUUAUUCCAGUUUUUUGCCGGUGGACUUGUAUACUGGAACGGUUAGAGGGUUGACACCUUUUCGGGUAUCAUAUGCUUGCAGGAGCAGCUGAGCAUCAUUCAGUUGGUUACUUUUGGAGAUUUACUUACAAAGGAAAUCGCACUGCUGUUUACUGCUCACUAAUAUGAGGCUUCUGGAUGAAUCAUAUUUUAUCAAACUUCCCUCUCCUGUACUUGUAUUUGCUAUCAGAAGUCCGUUUACUUGAUGUGCAAUGGAAGCCUUGCAGUUAACCAGCACAGAACAUACCUUUUCUAUGACUUCCCCCCACCCCCUUAUUGUUUCUGACAUUUCACAACACUGAUCAUUGAUGUUUGAAAUUUUAUAAGACACGGGAUGGUAUCUCAAUCAGCAAACGAAAUGAGUUCUUUUGCGGUUACCAUCCAGAAUUCUAACCCCAUACAUACUCCUUUGGUUUAUCAAUUGAACGGUAAGGGUUGCUUACAUUGGCAGGUUUGGUUACCAGUUGAGAGCGGUCAAUAAGGAUUGCUAUGAUGGGAUAAUUUCUCCUCGGCUCAACCAAUUAACGUUUUUGCUUACUUUGGCAGGUUUGAUUACAAGUCUAGAAAAUCAUCGUGCCCUUGAAUCAUGAUUAUCUGAAAACUAAUUGAAUCGGUCUUGAUAAAUAUGACUAUUUUUGUUGUACAUUUUGUAAAGAUUAAACAAGUUUCAUUAGUAAGCCUACCUUGAUGACUAUAUUGACAGAAUUAAGGCAACCUUUGUCAUAAUUACCCAUGAAAACCCUUUAUUUGUUUGUAAAAACUUUGGUAAUGAUUAUGAACAUAUAAUCUUGGAGCUAUCA